AUGGAGAUCGCGAAAGAUAAUGAGAGCAAGUUGGAAGUCAGUGGCAUAGACGAAACAUGUUUGACUUUUAUUCUUCGAGAUGAAGAUCACACUCUAGGAAACUCAUUGCGAUAUGUCUUAAUGAAAAAUCCUCAGGUGCGAUUUUGUGGGUACAGUAUCCCUCACCCAAGUGAAAACAUUAUGAACAUCAGAGUGGAAACUUAUAAGGGGUCGGCAGCGGACGUUUUUCGGAAAGCCCUCCUCGAUUUGAGAGCGAUUUCAGAACAUAUCAAGGAAUCAUUUACAGUAAAAGUUGAGGAGUACCACACGCGUCAAGAAAAUGAGUGA